AUGACGCGAGACUACGAUAUUAAAAAUGCGAAAGCGUUGACUACGAAUAGUCAGCUAAAUGUCUCUCCAGAGCACGAUCCUAGGGUCGCGACGGCAGAAGGCCCGAGUGGCCAGCGCGAGGUUGUCAUCGGUCUGCAUGACCCUGCCCUUGCAGCCGACGAGGACGUCCUCGUGUUCCAACGCGUUGCGGCCGUAGACGGCUUUCUUGAGGUCCGCCACCGUGGCCGAGUCAUCGAGGUAGACCUUCUUGCCAUUCUUGAAGCCCUCGAUUAG